GUUUGUCUUUAAAGCUGACGCUCCCCGUCCCCCUCCCCGCAGGGAAGGCUGAGGGCGCUGCCGGCGCUGAAGUCCUUGUUGGGGUCCCCGCCCCGGAGCCUCUCUCAGCGGCGUAUCCUGUGAUCCUCAGCAUAUCGUCAGCUGAGAAAACAUCCCAGACCCUGAUCAGGACCAGGACCAGGACCAGGACCAAAUGGCUGCUUCUCAGGGACCAUUGACCUUCAGGGAUGUGGCCAUAGAUUUCUCUCAGGAGGAGUGGGAAUGCCUGGACCCAGCUCAGCGGAAAUUGUACCUGGAUGUGAUGUUGGAGAACUACAGCAACUUGGCCUCCCUGGCUAUGUCAUCUGAAGAUGACCAGGCCUUUAUGCCUAAGCCCGGAAUACAAGAUUUAUUCUCUGAAAUAAUACUGCAUACACAUAAUGGAAAUAGCAGCUAUCAAUGGAUUGAACAUUGGAAAAAGUUUAAGCAAAAGUCAUAUUUUAAUCAUUGGAGAAGUGAGCUUGCAGAGGGCCAUUAUAAAAGUGGAAAUGUGUUUGACCAAAUGUCCAAUCACAAUAUACAUCAGGUUAUUCCUAUUGUGGAGAAGACACACAAUGGAAGUAAAUGUGUCCAGUCUUUUCAGCAGUCUUCAAAUUAUGUUGAACAGGAGAAUAUUCAUUCUGGGGAGGAGGCUUACAAAUGGAAUCCAUGUGGGAGAGUCUUCAGUCAAAUAUUCAAUCUAAAUAUAAUGGAAAAAAUCCAUAGUGGAGAAAAACCUUAUCAAUGUAAAGAUUCUGGUAAAACAUCUAAUUGGCCUUCAAGUUUUACUCUAAAUCAGAAAAUUCACACUGCAGAGAAGAGUUACAAAUGUAAAGCAUGUGGCAAAGCCUUUAAAUGUCAUUCAUCUCUUAUUGUACAUAAGGAAGGAAGUCAUACUAUAGCAAAAUUUCACAAACUGGGGGAAAAUGGAAAAGGCUUUAGUCAGUCCUCAAGACAUAAUCAACAUCAUAGAAUUCAUACAGAAGAAAAGUCUCAUAAAUGUUCAGAGUGUGGCAAAGUCUUUAGCCGGCCCUCAACCCUUAAUAUUCAUCUGAGAAUUCACACUGGAGAGAACCCUUAUAAGUAUAGAGAAUGUGACAAAUUCUUUAACAGCCAUGCAAUUCUUAGUAAUCAUCACAGUGUUCAUACUGAAGAUAAGCCUUAUAAAUGUAGAGAAUGUGGUAAAGGAUUCCUCCACAUCUCAAACAUGAUUCGACAUCAGAAAGUUCACACUGGAGAGAAACCUUACAAAUGUAUAGAAUGUGGCAAAGCCUUUAACCAGUCAUCCUCCCUUAAUCGUCAUCAGAGUGUUCAUACUGGAGAGAAGCCUUAUAAAUGUACAGAAUGUGGCAAAGCGUUCAGUGAGUCCGCAACCCUUAAUCGACAUCAGAGAGUUCAUACUGGAGAGAAGGUGUAUAAAUGUAGAGAAUGUGACCAAGCCUUUAGCUGGCCCUCAACCCUUAGUAAUCAUCAGAAAAUUCACACUGGAGAGAAACCUUAUAAAUGUAAAGAAUAUGGCAAAUCCUUUACCAGCCAUGCAGGUCUUACUAAUCAUCAAGAUGUUCAUACUGAACAUAAACCUUAUAAAUGUAGAGAAUGUGGUAAAGCAUUCCUCCAUGCCUCAAACGUGAUUCGACAUCAGAAAGUUCAUACUGGAGAGAAACCUUACAAGUGUAUAGAAUGUGGCAAAGCCUUUAGCGAUUCAUCUUCCCUUAUUAGACAUCAUAGGGUUCAUACUGGAGAGAAGCUUUAUAAAUGUAAAGAAUGUGGCAAAGCCUUUAGGCAGUCUUCAUCCCUUAGUUAUCAUCACAGAGUUCAUACUGGAGAGAGGCCUUAUAAAUGUCUCGAAUGUGGCAAAGCCUUCUGGCAAUCCCAAACUCUUACUGACCAUCAGAAAACUCAUACUGGAGAGAAGAAUCAUGAAUGUAGACAAUGUGGCAAAGUCUUUAGCCGGGCCUCAAUUCUUACUGCACAUCAGAGAAUUCAUACUGGUGAGAAGCCUUAUAAAUGUAGAGAAUGUGGCAAAGCCUUUAGCUGGUCCUCAAACCUUACCACGCAUCAGAGAGUUCACACUGGAGAGAAGCCUUAUAAAUGUGGAGAGUGUGGCAAAGCCUACAGGCAUUCCUCAGCCCUUAUUUACCAUCAAAGAGUUCAUACUGGAGAGAAGCCUUAUAUGUGUGGAAAAUGUGGCAAAUCGUUUGGCAACGUUUCAAACCUCUUGGCACAUCAGAGAGUCCAUACUGGAGAGAAAUAUUAAAGAUGUGAGGAGAGUAAUAAAUCCUUUACCAGCAGUGAACUUGCUGAACAUCACAGAAUUUUAAAUGGGAAGAAGCUUUCUGAAUGUGAAAAGUGUAGAAAAGUCUUUAAAAGGCAUUUUUGUAUUAUUGUAUAUGAGAGACUUUCAUACUAAAGAGAGACCUUACUAAUUUAGAGCAUGUGCAAGCACUCAAAAUUUACUGAAUAACAGAGACAUUUAUAGUGGAGGAAACCUUACACUGUAGAAAAUGUGAGAAAGCGCUGGCUGGCAUUCCUCGGUGGUUUAGCUUUGACCUAUGAACCGCAAGGUCAGGGUGCAAUUCCUGGUCAGGGCACAGACCCUGGUUGGGGACUCAAUCUCCAGUGUGGGGCAUGCAGGAGCCAGGUGUUCCAUGAUUCCCUCUGAUCAGUGGUAUUCCUAUUAUUCUCUCUCUUUUCCUGUCUAAAUCAUGAUGACGGCAGCUGUGAGUGGUCCCAAUGGCCGCUGCCACUUGCCCAGGGCUGGGACGGGCGGGGGAGGUGAGGCCCAGUGGUGGCAGCUGUGAGUGCUCCUGAUGGCCCGCAGGCGCUGCUUCAGCUCAGCCCACAGGCUCCUCUUGGCACCUCUCACAGCCAUCGCCACAUGCUAUGGUAUAAAACACAUUGUGUCAGUUAACUGAAGCACAGGCACCACCUCCACGCCACACCCCCACCGAACCUGAGGCGCCCUCCCCAAGCUGUUUGUGGUGAGGCCUGUGGGAAGAUCCUGCCCUCGGAGAGAACUGGCCACAGAGGAGGCGGGUGGCACCGCAGACAUUGGGUGGGCAGCCUGGCUUCCUGCACACCGAGGGCCUGGGAGGACCCCAGCCACAGAGGUGGCACAGGGCCCACUGACGACGAGGCAGCUGCAGUGGCAGCGGCCCCUGUGACUGAAGGCGUGCUGAUCAUCUGUGGAGCCCUCUCAGCAGGCCGCCCUCGCCCUCCCCAUCGCCGCUGGCUCAUCCCCGUGCAGCCUCCUGGCCCCCAAGAGAGGAAGGGAGAGGAAGAGAUAGAAAUACAAAUGGUGAAAGAGAAAUCAUGGAUCCCCUGCUUCCUGCAUAGCCCACACUGGGUAUGGAGCCUCCCACCAGGGCAUGCGCCCUGACCAGGAAUGGAAACCUGACCUCCUGGUUCUUGGUUCGAUGCUCAACCACUGAGCCACGCCGUCUGGGCAAAUUUCAUUAUUUUAAAUAAUUGUAUGCUUAUGCUGAGAUAGAUUUAAUGUUUUGGACAAGAAAUAUAAAUAAAAUAAGCCGAUAUCCCAGGACUCAGCUUACUCCCACUCAUGUCUACUCACUAGGCAGAGAAUGUCCUGCUGUUUGUUUAUAGAUGAAAUCUUUUUCAAUGAAACAUACUCUAUAUUAGUUGUUCACUAACACAUAUUGUAGUAAAAAUUGUUUUGGGUAUAGAGGGAGAUGUAAUUAUUGGGUAUUUGAUCAAUGGUUUUAGGCCUACAUUACAGAGAAUGUGCCACCACACAAAAUGUUGCAGAAUUAAUGAUUUUGUUGUUUAUUUUUGACCCUAAAUGUGCCCCAGUCUGGGCUUGAACCCGCAAGCCUGGCACAAUGGGAUGAGGUUCCAACCAACAGUUACUCGUUGGCCAGGACAAAAUUAAUGAAUUUUUUUGUUGUGAAUCCUCACCUGAGGCUAUUUUUCCAUUGAAUUUUAGAGAGAGUGAAAGGAAGUGGAACAGACAGAGAAACUUCUUUGUGAGAGAGACACAUCCAUUGGUAGCUCCUGCAAGGGCCAGUGAUCCACCCUGCAAGGUAGGUACGUCCCCUUUACCACAAUCUAAGCCAGGACUGUCAGUCCAUGAGCCAAUGCUGUAUCCACUAGUGACACCAGCUAAGGCCAGAUUUAAUGAUUGUUGAGCUAAAAAUAUAUCCCAGUGUCUUCUUCAGUGUGUAUAUUUGGUAGGUUUGUUAUCCAUACAUAACAGAUCACUCAGAACUAGAAAAUAAGAAAUGGGGGAUUCGGAACUGAUGAAGUGGCCAAAUAGGUUAUAAUCUUAUAUAAUAAAAGUCUUAUACGCUAAGUGUCGGACCAUUCAUUCGACCGACUGGUCACUAUGAUGUGCAUUGACCACCAGGGGGCAGAUGCUCCUACCAGUAGGUUAGCUUGGUGUGGGUGUCUGGCCUAUGGGGACUGGGCAAAACAGGCCAGACACCCCAUGGAACCCUCCCGUGGUACCUCCCUGACCCCAAUUGUGCACUGGUGGGGUCCCAUGGCCUGGCCUGCAUCCUCUCACAAUUCGGAGCCCCUUGGGAGAUGCAGGAGAGUCAGUUUGGGCCCGAUCCCCGCAGGCCAAGUGGAAGAGGGAUCCCACCAGUGCACCAGGCCUCUAAUAAUAUAAGAACUAAACGUUCUGGCCCAGCCUGUGUUGCU